GCAGUCGAGAAAUGAGCUGGACCUGUCGAGCCCUGCCGUGAGGCUGCCCAGCUGUGCUGCCCAGUCAAUUACGUGUACAUUGACACGACACUGGCCGCCGUCACGCGCCGUCCUACUGGUUUUUUUCCUCCUUGUUGUUUCUUUUUCUUGCCCAUCCCAUCCAAUUGUGCCUGACGUGCUCGCGCAGGGCUGCACCUGCCUCCUCAAUAUUAGUCGCGACUGCCGCCCCGCCCACCGACUUUUCGUUUCGUUCACCUACACCAUCCAAUGCUCGGGCGCAACAGCACCACCACCGCCCUUCCGGCUACUAUGCAACUUUUGUCCCAUUGAUUUCGCCGACCUUCAACCCGCGGCCCCCCCAAGCCGACGCCAUGGAGUAUUCAGACCCGGACAGGCCUCCCUCGAGGGCCAGCAGCUUGCGGUCCGGCCUCCCGACGCUGAAGUCGCGUUUGUCGCUGGGCUUCGACAAGCGCUUUGACGCGACCAAAAAGCUCUUCUCGUCUAAAAAACAGAAUCAGAGCCAGGAAAGCCUCAAGCCAGUCCCCGAUUCGCCCAUGGGCCGGAGGGAGGUCGUGUCGCCCACCCCGAGCUCGUCAUCCUCUAACGGUGGAACCAACUCGAAGGGCUCACGAAUUCCUCGCCCGCCCUCGGCCCAAGACUCGGCAUCAAGGCCGGGAUCCGUCUCGAGGCAGGGCUCCGUCUCCCGACAGGGCUCUGUAUCCCGCCAAGGCUCGCUGUCGCGCCAGGGCUCAACCUCGAAACGCGUCUCGUUCAGUGUGUCGGAAGCUCUUAAGUUGGCGCGCGCCGAAGAAGACACGAGCUCGAUCCAAGGCUCUCCGAGCCCGGCUCCGCGACAAUUGCGAGCCCGCGAUGAUCCGGACAACAAUAGCAUCGGGAACCUGAUAUCCAGGCGUCCUCUCACCUUCAUGAGGCGCGUAUCGACCAGGCAAUCUGUCGGUUCGGUGUCUGACGAUGACGCUCUUCUCCCCGCGGGCAACAACGAUGAAACGUCGAAACCACACGAGCGCGGGCAGUACGACGACGAUCGGGAACGCCUAGAAAGCGUCACCAAGACCAGAUUCGGAUACUCCGACCAGACCAGGCUUGGAGCAAAGACGGCCGAGAGGAACAGGGAGUUGUCUAGGAAGGCUAGCAACGGUAGCCUGGACGGCCACUCGUCCAUUCGGCCUCCACGGGAGUGGGGAGCUCUGGCCACCCAAGACGCCGAUUUUAUUAGGAGACUGACGGUGUCUCCCGAACCUUCAAGUCUCCGCGGGGGCGUUUUGGACGAGAGCCCACCCCUGACCGACCGUGCGCGAGCCCACAAGGACGUCCCGGUCCCAUCGAUAGAGAGGGAUACUCAGCCUGCAGAUCGAUCUCCAGAUAAAAGCUUCGCUUGGCAGGCUGAUGCGGAUUUCACCGCCACCGACCUUCAGACUUCGGACAGCCCCAUGAUUAGGGUCAGCAACCCAAGGAGGAACAAGCUCGACGAGCUCAAGGAAUUCCAACCGCGAAACACUAGCAUCGAGACGCUUAGGCGACGUGAGCAGGAGGCCUGGCUCAAGUAUCCUGACGAAACUUUCAACGUCAAGGAUGCGAUACCCGAGGAAUCGGCCGACGAGGACGACGAAGCCAAGCCAGAAGAAUCAUGGCAGGUCAACAGCAAGAACCGGUUCCUGGAGCGUAAAAACACAAAGCUUUCCGAGAUCCGUGCCCGCGAGAUCGAGAACCUGAACAGCAGAGCAGUCGCCACCACCCGCCUCGACGAGAUCAGAUCUAGAAACUCGGAAUCUCGCGAGCUAUCGCCCGAGGCUAUCAGGAAACCCAGCCGUGAGUCGCUUGCUGAGCCCGUCGUUUUGCCCACGCCUGCCCCCGCUCCUCAGCCAAACCCUGCUGCUGCUCCCGAGCCCGAGCCGGCGCUGGCUCCUGAGCCUGAGUCGGCACAUGCCCCUGAACCUAAGGCGGCGCUCGCUCCUGAGUCUGAACCGGAAAAGGUUCACGAGUCUGAACCAGCAAACGCUCCUGAGCCUGGGCUGGUGCAUGCCCAUGAACCUGAGCUGGUGUUAGUCCCGGAGCCGGAGCCUGGGCCUGAGCCUGAGCCCACCCCGGCUCUUGCCCCUGAGCCUGCACCGGCUCUCGCUCCUGAGCCUGCGUCUGUCUCUUCUCCAGAGUUUGCCCCAGAGUCUGCGCCAGUUCUCGAGCCGGAACCAGAGCCUAAGCCUGAUUCUGUGCCGGCUGUUGGUCCGGAGCCUGAACUAGCUGUUGUCUCUGAGCCUGAGCCACUCAUUGCCCCUGAACCUGAACCGGCUGUUACCCCUGAGAUUAAGCUCUCUGUUGCUCCCGAGGUUGAGCCGGUUCUUGUCUCGGCACAGGCUUCUGCUCCUGAGCCUGAGCCUGAGGUGGAGCCAGCGCCGGGCCUUAGCUCUGAGCUUGAGCCUGCUUCCGUUCCUGAGCUCCCGCCUACUUUUGCUCCCGAGCCCAAGUCUGCUUUUGUUCAGGAGCUUGAGCGGGCUCUUGUGUCUGGACCUGAGCCUGAGCCUGGGCCUGAGCAUGCUUUUGUUUUCGAGCCCAAGCCAGCCGUUGCUAUUCAGCCCUGGCCGGCCGUCGCUCCUGAGCCCAAGCCUGCUUUUGUUUCCGAGGCAGAGGCAGAGGUUGAGCCUGCGCCGGCUCUAACUCUUGAGCCCGCCCCCGAACCCACUCCCGAAUCCGAGCCCGUCACUAUCAGUACCGAGAAAAAUUCUGACGUGGCAGAAACUCAUGCAGAAGCGACCAUCCCCGAUGUUGGGACCGAGGAUCGUGAAGGAGACGAGCAAGUUCAUGAUGCGAGAGCCGUCACCCUCCGAAGAGCAAGUGCUGGCCAGGCCGCUAUGGAGAGCGAGAAGGACCGGGACAGUUUGGAUGACUAUCGCCGUCGUUCCAAAUCACAUUCAAGGGACAAUUCUAGAGACUUGCUGAGAAGGCUGGCCAGGGCUGCCAGCAAAAGCCCCUCGCCUGAACAGCAGGCGCCCAGGGAAUACCUUGACCUCGCGCAAGCUGUAGAGGACCGUGUCGAGCCAGUGUCUCUUGGCGAUUUACCUACCCCCCUCGAGGAGAAGAGCAAUGUCAUGGAGAGGCUGCAGGCAUCGGCGCCCCGUGGCCUGAUUAACGAAGCUAAGGUCUUCGCCAGUACCAGCCACAUACGUCGGGCCUCGAUGGGUGGCGAUUCGCGGUCUUCGAAACGAUCUAGCGCGGUUAACUCCGAGUCGGACCCGACAGAUCGAAUCACGGCCGAGGCGAUGCUGUUCGCUCCUGGGGAGAACCAAUCAGAACGGGGAUCCAUGAGGGCACCUUCCUCGGUGGGCCCCAGCGAUAACGACGAUGAUCUGGGAGAAACCCCACGGCCCGUCAAGCAGGACCCGCUUACCAUGCCUACACCUCGAGUCACCGGUGCCUUUGUCGAGACGCCGGCGACGCUCAAGGUCGAGAGGCCCGAGCCGAAGUCCGAGCCUGAUGCCCAGACCAUCAGGCAGAGGGCGAGGGCGCCGUCUGCCCUCGAUGGCUCAUCCCUCUUCCGCCACCAAAAACGAUCGAGCUUAUCGGCGCUUAAGAAGCCAACCGACGAGAAUACCGGCCGUUCGACUGGGGUUUCUUCACGCGCGCGUACCAGGUCACUCUCGCGCGUGGGGUCACCCACCAGGUCAACCUCUCGCGUGGGGUCACCGUUGGUCAACUCCUUCAAGCUCCCUAGUGCCAAGGACGACCUCCUCGAGAUCCAGCGCAAGCACCAGGGUGACGACGACACUCUUGAUAACCUAGACGAGCUAUUUGCAUCCGAGGCCGCGGACGCCCUCUUGGAUGUGGAGCAGAGCCCAGAACCCUCCAGAGGAAGCCCGACCAGAGUCAAGAGGGAGCCGAGUAAGAAGGAGUCGGUCAAGAAGGAGCCAGACCUCGAUUGGGAGGCCGAGGAGUUUAGGCGCAUGGGCGAGCGACUACAGACAGGUCUGCUCAGCAUCCAAACGGCCAAGAAGGGCAUCGAGCGGCUCGAGGACCGUAUUUCCCAGUCCGAGGCGAAGACGACUCACGAGCACGCUCCCGGUGUGAAGCCGGCCGAUUGCGCACUCUGCAAGGGCCAUGAGCCAAGGGCGACGGUAACAUAUGUGCACUUUGCGCUGCCGCGCUUGUUUUACCGCCAGCCCCGGUUCAGGCUCUCGCUUCUCGGCACGUUUCUGUGCCUGCUGCUAGCCUGGCUUUGCGCAGAGUCGACCAUGUGCUCGUACUACUGCCGCCCGGAGGCGUGUGGUCCCGGCGAAGACUGUACGUGGUCGCCAGACGACCCCUUUUUUGGCUACUCGCUCCCCGUGAAGCUGGACCAGUGGACCACGGGCGGAUCCGGUCGGGUGCUGGUCAACAAGCUGAACGAGGAGGUCGGCGACCUGGCGGCCAACGCUUGGGCCGCCGUCAGGGGCAUCGACAUUGCCGCCUUGGACACAAGGGCCAUGGACUUUGAGCAGCGCCGGCGCCACCGCAGGAGGCUCAGAAAGCGCGGUCUCGUCAAGACGUGGAUGCCUCCCGCCGAGCACAAGGCGACGAUGGACUCCUGGGCUCAGGCGACCAAGGAGCGGGAGCGCGCCUACGCCAUGAGGGAUAUGGGUUACGACAUUGGCGACGGCCUGGGCAGCGAGUCCAUGGACGGGGACAGGAAGGUGUCGAGCCGGUAAACGCUGUUCUGCUUUAUUCUUGAUGACGACUGAUCGUUUUGUCUCCUUUUCUCAACUUUUUUUCUUUGUACCUUUUCCCUCUUUGGUCAUCUCGUCGUACUCUUGUCUACACUGGUUUGCGCCGCUCUUACUACUCUGGUCUCACUUGACACCCAAGUCGAGAGCUUUGCGUCCAGCAAACACACCAACCCAUUCUGUACAGCCCAUCGUGGCUAAAUAGCUGUGGUUGACGGGCUUGACGAGAGCCAGCCACUUGCAUUUUACGACCAACUCAUCCAACCAGAGUUCUUCCUAACAUACACUCACUGCAUAUCUCCCCUUCUUCUUCUCCUCGAUCUCCCUUUCUUGUUCCCUUCAUUCUGUUCUCUUUCUGCUUACUCCUGCUACAUAUCUUUGUAUUCGACAUAUGAUAUUGUAUUUGCCAUUUCACGUCCCAGAUCGCGAUUGUCUUUACGGCUCUUGUGCCGCCUCCUUCCCCUUGUCGUUGUGUGUUUGGAGCGGAGUGAGGAUUCGGCGUCGUUUGGACAGAGGAGAUUGAAUACGUCACGGGGAUAUUGAUGAUGCCAGCAUGACAGAUUGGUAGCACCUACGUUGUUCACCUUUUGACAAGUAAAAUAAAGAGAAAAAAGGGAGGCGCCGGGUGAUCCCGGGAGCCUCGCCAUGCCUUUUAAUGUCUAAAAUCAUGUGUCGUCAUUUUUGGAUAUGGAAGA